CUUCUAGCAAAUUUAUCGCUGGGUACCAACAAGGCAAAAAGUGGCGCUGGCGCUGUCUCGAAUGCUUCUGCUGUAGCUGCAGCCAUGGAAAGCCUAGAAGACGAUAACAACAACGUGGGUGUCGCGAACAAGGAGUACUUCUUACCUGGUCCUGCUACAGACCUAAAUAUUCGAAAGUCUUUGAUCGAGCAGCACAGUCCGCCAGAUAUUCUCGUACACAAUUUGGUAACCGGGAGUGACGUUGACAAGUUGUUUGAGAUAUUUUAUAAGCAUGUUAAUCCGUUCAUUUCUCUUCUUGACCCUGUUUUGCACACUCCCGAAUCUACAUUCGCAAGGUGCCCUUUCCUCUUCACCGUUAUCUGCGCCGUUUCGUCACGUUAUUAUACCGAAAAAUCGGAGAUAUACCCCAUUGCCAUGCACUUCGCCAAGCACUCUGCCGCAAAUGCGCUAAUCGAAGGGUGGAAGUCCGUCGAGCUUUGCCAAGCGUACAUCCUAAUGAGCAUAUACUCUGUUCCUGCAAGGCGAUGGGAGGAGGAUCGCAGUUGGCUGUACACGGGUCUGGCUGUCCGGAUUGCAACCGAUUUGAAUCUACAUCAAGUAUCAACAGUGCAACCACAAUGUGAACGGGAAGAAAGGGAGAUAUUGAAUAGAACACGUGUGUGGAUGAUCUGCUUCAACCUUGACAGGUCGACUGCGACGCAGUUCGGAAAGCCGUCAAGCGUGAAGGAAGAUUAUAUUUUGAGAAACUCAAAGGAAUGGUACAAGAAGUCACAGUACAACAUAAAGGAUGACCUUCAUUUGUGUGCUUACUCUUCAUUGUUGCGAAUUGUUGGGCGUUUCCAUGAUGAUAUAUUUUCGGAUCUCAACACACCUUCUGGUCUGAAUAAGCAAAUCGAUUUUCGCUCAGUUACUUUGACGCAUGAUGCACACCUCUCAAGGUACUUUGAGGAGUGGUCCAAGAAAUUUGCAGAAGAGUCCGACCGAAAUGACCGUGGUGCUAAUUUCCGCUGCACGUUGCUGCCGUUCUUGGUAGACUAUUCGAGACUCGUUAUGUUUUCCUUUGGAUUCCAGCAUGCUUUUACGCGCGGCAUUGAGGCCAGCGACCACGUCUUCUUCAGCAAGUGUUUCGAUGCUGCAAAAUCGGUAAUUAAACAUAUGAUCGACGUCUUGGCACCUAGUGGGUACAUGCGCUAUGCUCCAGAUGGCCACUUCGUGUUUGUAUCAUUUGCUUCUGCCUUCCUUUUGAAGAUGCUUCGCCCAGAGAUACGACAGUUAUUGCUAUCACAGGAGCUCGAAACCGAGAUUUUUGAUCUCAUCGCUCGUUUGAUACACACCCUUAGCUCGUCUGAGGUUGCCAUCGAUGAUCGCCAUACCCCAAAGCUGUAUGCUCGCUUCCUUGCUGGACUUUUGGCCAAGCACCGCAAAGACGGUGCAGCUGUUGUUGGACGAUUACAACCAUUGCCUCCGCAAAGUCAAACCAUGCAUCGGUCUUCAGCGAGUGACUUCCAAGGCCACGGAACGGCCUCCUCUUCAUCAGGCAGUGCAUUCAACGCUCCGCAAUCAUAUAGCAGUACAACGCAAGACCACGCGGAUGAUGGGGACUAUUCACAGAUGGCGCAAACUUCGAGCAAAGCUCCUACUCCGAUAUACCGCCCAGAGAUUGCGUUCACUCCAGGCCAGGGCCAGAUUGAUUUUGGGAUAUCCAGUGACCUGGCUAUGAUGGACGGGGUUAUCAACGGCUUCUCAGACGAGGAGAUGCUUGCUACAAUGCAAGCAAUCAAGAAUCCUACGUGGUGGCAGAACAUGAUGAUGCCUGGCUUCUCGUGGCCAGAUGCAUCAGCGAUGAGUCCUGGUAUAGACACAUAUAAUCAAAACAUUCCCGGCGCACACCAAGGGUUCAGCGGUUUUCAGACUGCCAGCGUCGCGACAUGAAGGCGUGUUUGGCUGUUCUUGUAUUUGUCUACUUGCAUCAUGUCUUGUAAUUUCUCGUUAAGCAUUUCACUCAGCUUCACCUCCCUCUUAGCCUUACUAGCGAAGUGUACUGUAUCCCUCCAACUUCUUCUUGCGUCUGAUACUAUACCUUGUAAAGUUAGUCUUUAUCGUUUCGUUGCUGCUAGCCAAUAGACCAAAGUCUCUGAUGAAUUUAUGCACGAGUCUCGUGACGAAUAGAAUAUAACUGCACUUUUGUCUGUCAGGAUAUGAUUUCUAUUGAUAGGAUGUUUAUUAGGGUAGAAAUGCGUUUUGGACGUCACUGGCUGGUAAUACAACGCAUUAUUGUUUCAAAC